AUGCCUGUGUUGAGACCAGCCUCUUCUUUUUUGAAGCAUGUCCUGCAAGUUCGCCCGACCUGGAGGUCGAGAGAUGUGGACAUCGCUGAGAUCACCGUGGCAAUCUCCAACUCAGUUUUUCGAGUGUCUUGCGGAAAGGAAAAGGUUCUGCUUCGGAUCUAUGGACCCACCGCCCAUGGCAUUUUCCGCCGUGACGAUGAGGUCCGGAGAGCCCGCUACGUUGCAGGGUGUGGUUUUGGACCACAGGUGCUGCUGAAUUUCGAUGAAGGCCGCGUCGAAGAAUGGCUAGAAGGGCGAGCUCCAAGUCAUGAGGAGAUCCGCAGCGACGAGGCCAUUGAACGCAUCGCAAGGAAACUUCGGAGCUUCCACGACAGGACUGGCCUGAAUCACAACGACUUGCAUCAUAACAACAUGUUGAUUUCAGGAGGUGAUCUUCAGUUCUUGGACUUCGAGUAUUCAGGUGACUUAGAUCCUGCGUACGAUAUUGCAAAUCACUUCAAUGCCACAGCCCAAGCCUUGCAGAAUUCCUCGCAUUGA